GGCCGGAAGAAAUAUCUAUGUAUCCACGUGACCGGAAGAACAACAUGGAGCGGUUUAGUUGAACGUGAUUAUUUUAAAAAUGAAAACAAAAACCUACGGGUCUUUUAAUUGCAGGGUUUUUAGUCCUAACGGUUAAAUCAAAUAUAUGUUUUAUGCAACGGUUGUGUGGCACAAUAACCAAGUUAUAUCUUCAAAACUAGUAGGCUAAUAACUGAGUGAGUGUUAGCAUUUUACGAUGACCUGGCUAAGUGGUUAAAAGCUACUAAAGCUCUUUCGAAAAAGUGUAGGUAUGUGAAAAAAGAAGCAAGUAAUAUGGAUGAUUCGGAUCAGGAUUUUGUAGACCUUUGCUCCAAGCUCCUUAAAAGGAACCGCAAGAAAUCAGUGGAUCAGCGAGAGCCAAAGAAAUGUACACAGCUACUCAGCAGCCAGACGACUGGAGGAGAAAAGAGAAAAAACAAACUCAAGAAAGAUGAUGACGCUGAGCCUCAAUGUUCUUAUGCUGUUCGUGGUACACAGAGUGAUGGCACAGGGUCUGCCCCGGGACUAUCUGAUGUAAGGGCCAAAGAUCAGGUUAUCCACAAGAUGCAGAAGUUCAAAAGAGCAAGUCCACAAAGGCUGGUGUUGGGAGACAAGAGUCAGCCCACAGAGCAGGACUGGCACAGCCAGAUUCAUCAAGGUCAAUUAGAAAUUCAGAGCAUAGCCCUCCCUGAACCCGAGGACAGUGAUGAAGCUUUGGCUAUGCGUCUGCAGCAAGGGCUGAACAGAGAGACCCGCCCAGUGGAUCUGGAGGAUGAGGGCCUAUUCUUUUGUCAGCUCUGCAACAAGGACCUUUCACACAUGACGCCCGAAGGACGCACGCAGCACAUCAACAGAUGUUUAGAUGAAAGAGAGGACCAUACAGCACCUCCACGGCCCUCUGGAGUCAUGGAAUGUCCCAUUUGUGGAAAAGGAUUCAAGUCACAAAAAAGUCGGGCGUCCCAUCUGAAGCGUUGCUCUUCAGAUAUGGGUGUUUCCCCUGCAGUGCUCAUGCAGGCUCUGCAGAGACAGGCUGAGGAAAACAAAAGCACCAUAAAUCCACAGACCACAGGCCAAAAACGAAAAGGAUCCAAGUCAAAAAUGCCAGCAUGUAAGAAGCCCAGGAAGAAGGCUGAAGAAAUGGAUGAAGAUACGUUGAUGGCCAUGGCCCUGUCCUCGUCAUUGCUGGAACAAGAGCGAGAGAAACUAAAGGAAUCACAAGCUGAGAGCGAAAGCCUUAAAGAGACAACUGCCCUCAACAUGUCCAAGAGUUCACCUCUGAAGUGGAAACCAAAUGCUGGUAAAGGACGCUGCAAAAAGAAAAAGGGUGGAAUCCCUCGGCCCCCUCCACUGCUUGUGGUUCAGGACCCAGGGGCAGCUCUCUCCAGGAUACAGGAGCGUGUCUCGGCUCUCCUGCUCUGCAAUCGUGCUCCCUCUCCUCCAACUCCCACCCGCUGCUCGUCCAGUUUGCCUGCCUGGGGAGGUGCCGCCCUCCUUUGGCAGAAAAGUGCAUUGCUCACAGUUUUUUGCCCGACUGAUUUUUAUGCUCCUGAGCUUAGAGACUUCAUUGUACCCCAGGAAUCAGUAAUGACUGUUGUGCCAUCAUUUGCAAGUGGGGACAAGACUGACACUCCAGCUCAUCAUAUGAAAAUGAGGACUCCUGUAGCCUCCACUCUGCCCCCCGCCUCUCAAAUACGGUGCUCCUCUCUUACUCUCUCUACUGCGAGCACAGGGCAGCUGCUCGAGUGCAGCCAGACCCUUAGAGACCUCAUGGAGCUGGCUGAAGAUGGGAUGACACUGACGCAGUAUGGCUACUCUACCCCAGAGCUCACAAAAGACCAGCAACCUGGCACAAGUCACACCUUAAACUUACAUUCAAGUGGAUUUGUUGUGGAGGAGGAGGAGGAGCAGAAUAGGGAGGGUGUGAGUGGAUUCUUACCUGAAACACUGGACUGUAAUCAUAAAGGACCAAUAACGACUGUGUUGAACCGAGAGGCAGAGAAGGGAAGAUGGCAGUCGCUACUUGUGUCUAGACUUGCUUUAGACUUGGGCACCAUGGUGAACAAUCCUCAGUUCAGCGAUGUGCAGCUACAGGUGGACAGUGGCGAAGUCUACUUUGCUCAUUCAUUUAUGGUGUAUGUUCGCUGCCCCCUGCUGGCUGAGUUGAUCCAUGAGAGCGGUUUUGGGGUGCAGGAGGAGGGAAUGCCUGCCGCUCAGAGGGUGCUGUUGAAUGACGUCCCAGGACAGGCAGUUUUUGCUCUGCUGCAGUUCCUCUACACUGCCCACUGCUCCUUUCCCUCUUCACUACGACCUUACAUCAUAGAGCUAGCAUCCAGGUUUGACUUGAAAAAUCUCCUGGAGUUCUGCCAGCUUCAAGAACAGACUUUGUUUCAGAGAGAGGACAGUGAGAACCCAAACACUCAAACAGAUGAGGCUUUUAUUGAGCUUCUGCGCUCUAUGUGGAGUGACGAAGAUGACGGAACAGAACAUAAUACUUUUGACAACAGUAAAGAGAUGGACGACCAGCCUGGUGACAGAGAAAUCCAAGAGGACAAAGUGAAUGAAGAUGAACUGGUAGAAAUUUACAAGUUUGUUGCCACUCAGAAAAAGAGAGAAGAGGAAAGGGAGAGUGUAGAGGAGGAAAAUAUGACUGAUCAUCAGGAUUGUCCUGAAAUGUCCCCAAGUCCAACCAAAACAGAAGAUACAAAAGAAAGCAGUGAGCAUGUUAAUACCAGUUUAGAUCGCGGCUACAACUGUCUCUUCUCUGAAUCCUGGGGUGAGUUUGAGGAAAAAGACCUCUCCACGUUACCCGAACAUAAGUCUCGAUUGCAGGUUCCUCUGUCCGCUCGACUCCUGUCAUGUGAAAUGUCAGCCAGAACAUUGCUUCAGUCCUCAGCUAGUGUGAUUGACAAGCUGUCCCCAAGUCCUCCACAGAACGCACAAAACAUGCCUGUCCCGGGUGUGUCUCCUGGGUUGUCCCCAGCUUUGUCCCCGUAUGAGGUUUUUGUAGGGAAUGAUGGAGCAGAUGUUAUUCUGAAGAAAAAUGAAAUUGUAAAAAACAACGAUGCCUCAACCAUCAAGCAAAUACCCUCUCAAAAAUCUGAAAAAGGCAAAGAACCAGAGUUAGUUGUUUUGUCUGACUCCAGUGAUGACAUGAACAUAGAUCUUACUCAGAGUUCAAACAGCCCUUCACCACAAAAUGUAAAGAGCAUCACCGAUAUUAAAGACCAGAAGACGCCUGAUUCAAGUAACACAGACCAAAUGGGGGACGAGAUUCCUGAUGGUGAAGUAAGCAUGGCAGAUUGUUCUCCCGAGUUAUCCUGGCUUAUCCCUUCCACACCGGUCCAAUCUGAAAAAAGUGUUUGCACCAGUUCCUCUCAAGCCAGAAGAAGCCUUUGUAGGACUCAACUUUUCCCAAAACACGAAUCAAUGACUAAAAGCUUCCCAAGACAACCGUCAAUUUCCAGUUCUGAGACAAGUGACAGAAAAAGCAGUUUAGAUUUGACAAAUGAUAAAAAGUUGGACUCUUCCGGUUUUGCUGUACCUCGAAGUCCUUCCAGGUGUUCUCACCAUAGAAACCAUUCCUGCUCACAUCUAAAUUUUUCCAAACAGAACACACCCCUCCCCAUCCCGGCCUGUAGUAGCACACCUGUACAGACUGAAACAUCCCAACUACACCUAGUUUCACCAUUCAGUGCAGACAAUGUGGUUUCAACCAAAAAUACUACAGUAAGGAGCUCUCCUAGUCCAGAGAAAGCAGAAGUGCAGAGCUUUCACCUGUCUACUUUGUCGGAACAGUUCUCCCCUUCACACUGUAAAAUAAACAGUAAGUCUAGCAAUAAAAGCAGAUUAUCAGAAGACAGUAAUACAAGUAACAGGGUGGAAAAUGACAAUGCAAGUUUGGCAAAAAAUGAUCAAAGUUUUGAGGCAGAAGGGGGUGAGCCCAGUUUUAGGCAAAGCUUUUUGGAUGAGCCUCCAAUGGCUUUCAAUGACUCAUGGGGUCUGGAUGCAUGUGCUGAAAAUCCUUAUUUUAGUCUCAAACUUGACGACAGCGAAGGGUCCGUGCAGCAGCAGGACAACCUGAAGAAUAUCAAAUCAGCCACCUCAACCACAUCUAUGGCCCCUGAUAAUAAUUGUAAUGCAGGGACAACUAUCUUUGAAUCCCCAAACACAAUGUUAACAAAAACAUCUACUGCAAACAAACCUCAACCUGAACUUGAACCACCUCAGGACUUGAACAACAGCCUCAUGGACUCCAAAAUCUGGGACAGUUGGGAAGAGGAAGAUGAAGAGAAUGACGUAGCCCCACCUCUGUCUGAGAGAUUGAAACCUCCAGCACAAUACAAGACUCCAAUAUCUAACUUCAAAAAGCAGCAGGCCUUGGUUCCCAUUACUCCAAUGCCACAUUACUCAGACAUGGACACACCAGAGCUCAAGAACAAAUUGAACAAGUUUGGAGUUCGGCCGUUACCAAAACGCCAAAUGGUUUUAAAACUAAAGGAGAUCCACCAGUACACCCACCAGCUGGUCAGUUCAGAUUCCGAGGAUGAGGCGCCCUCUGCUGGACAAACGGCUCAAGUCAAAGCCCCAGUCUCAGAUGUCAGACUGGCCUCUUGUGGCAUGGCCAAGUUCAAGAAGCCCAAAACAACCACCACCACCUCACCCAGUAAAGUACCCCAGGACGAGGAGCUCCUGUUGGCCUCUCAGGGCUCAAAUACCUCCUCCACCGCAGAAUCAGAAAGGUCAAACCCAGAGGUUGUGCCAUUGUCUGAUGGGGACUCUGACAGUGAUGGGGGCAUCUCUGCCUCUCAGUUGGCCUCUCGUCUGCAGGACCGGCUCCAGGCCGUCCACACAUUCAUUUUGUCCAACUCUUCGCUUUAUAACCAAAUCUUGCAAUACCAACCCCUGGUCCUGUCUCAGCUUCAGCAGCAGCUGAAGGCCGCAGGGAUUCGUCUCGGUGUCACGAAACUGGCAGACUACCUGGACUCUCAGUGUAUCACCUUUACUACAGCCAAACCGGGCCAGUCCGCCCCUUCCCGGAGGAGGAUCAAAAAGACUAAGGCAGCAGGAGAAGGCAGAGUGAGGCGGAAAAAAGCCACUUCAGCUGCCCAUUAACAUUUUAUUAACUUGGACAUUUUUACACUGUUAGCAAUGUUAGCAAAAUAUUUAUAAAUGUUUGUAAUUAGGAAUGAGUUUUAUAUUUAUACAGAUACAUUUUAUACAUUACUGUAAAAAUAAAUGUUUCAAUAUUGACCUUUCAGAUUUUUCAAACAAGCUUGUUGUGGACACAUUGUAAGUAAAAGUAAAAGAUUCAGACAAAA